UUCGCGCGCGCUCCUGCGACGGCCGCUACCCGGGUGACUGCGGUCCGCGCCUGUCCGGUAGACGAGACGGAAGGGCUAUCCGAUCUCACUGUGCGGUCAACACCUGGUGGGACACUCUAGUGGGGGAACGGUCCGUGCCUCCUUCUCUGCGACUGUGUCACACACCUAACAAGUAGCAGCGGCACUCCAAGGCGGAAUGGCGUCGGCGCCGAGAGCGCGAGCGGCGGCGGCGGCGGCGCGGCCAGGCGUCGGCGGCGGCUGUGCGCGCGUGCUGUGAAGUGAUGUGAGGGAGGCGACAGCCAGCCAGGCCGGCCGAGAUGCGCUGCGGCCCGCUGCUGCUGGCGCUGCUGCAGUGGCUGCCGCCGCCCGCGGCCGCGCACGUCGCCUGGACGCCCAUCUACGUCGACGGAAACAGCCAAGUGGACCUGUGGACGCAGAAGGCGAGCGGCUGCGCGUGCCCGUGGGACGACUCGGCGGCAGAGUGCGCGUGCUGCGUGCGCGAGGGCGCCUGCCACUGCGGCCGAGCCGCCCCCAACCGCUGCAGCCAGUGCGGGCUAGAGCAGCACUGCAACAACAUGUGCAACAUGACGAUCGACUCCCGCUACCUGAGCGCGCGCUCCGGCAAGACGUUCGGCCAGAUCAAGUCUCCGUCGCUGGAGGGCCCCGGGUUCUGCUGGUACCUGCUCCAGCCGGACUCGGGCCAGCGAGUCGAGAUACAGGUCUACCGGCUCGUCAGCGUCGGACGCUUCAAUGGCACCAGUUGCGACGGCGGCUUCCUGCAGCUGGUGGACGGCCCGCGGCCGGUGCCCCGGGCGACGCACUCCCAGGUCUGCGGUGGCAACGAGCGCUUCACACCGCCCGUCGUCCUCUUCGCCGACAAGGGGCCUGCCUCGCUCAUCUUCCAGAUUUCGGACCAGACGCUGCGGUCGCAGUUCCUGGCCUACUUCAGCUUCACGCCUUCCAACAGCGCACAGGCCGCCGGCUUUCAGGCUCGCGGUGGGCGCAGGAUCGAGCACACCGAAUGCGACUGGCUGUACCAGGACUUCUCGUGCGGGGACCCAGGAUCGUGCGUCCUGGCUAGCCCCGGGUACCCGGGCCUGUACCCGCCCAACAGGCGCUGCAAGUACCUCGUCACCACCAGCUCCAUACACACACGCGUCCACAUCAACUUCACCAACCUGCUGCUGCCGCACAAUCACUGCGGCACGGACUACAUCGCUGUGUACCAGGGUUCGACUCCGGCAAGCCCGCUGCUGACGACGCUCUGCUCAAACAGGAAAGCUGUCCUGCAGUACCCGGGACCCAACCUGCUUCUAGAAUUCAGCUCAGGGCCUGCGGUGCCGCCCUAUAACUACAACGGCUUCCUGGCUACGCUCGAGUUCUCCAAGGAAGUCGUCACGACGGAAGCGCCGUCAGCUGACGUGCACCGGACCACCGACGCCGCCGUCCUCAUGGACGGCACGAGCGCGCCGCGGCCGCCGCCGCCGCCGGCUCCACCCGCCGCCGCGCCGCAGCUGCCGGGCUGUGACGUCACGUACUCGGGGGCGGAGGUCCGCUCGGGCUACUUCGACACGCGCCAGCAGCCGUGGGGCGCCGCCUGCCGCGUCACCUUCGUCGGGCGUCCCACGGACAUCGUCCACGUCUCCUUCUUCAAUUUCCUGCUCAGGUCCCCUUCCUGCCAGUCUUCUGUGGACGUAUAUGAUGGAUUGGCCAACCCUGGCUCUAAGCCCAUCAAUAGGGUUUGCAGCCCCAACACUCGGCACGCCAGAGAUCCAAGUGGCAGGUUUCUGGAUCAGCAGGCGUUUGUCUCAACGCAAAGCUCGCUGACGCUGGUCCUGAAGCGGCAGCUGCCAGCCGCGACAGCCACAGAGAACGAGUUCGUUGACGGUGCCUUCCUCUUCCACGAUGAGCACGUGGAAGGCACGCUACAGCCGGACUCGCUGUGCGACGUGGCGUACUACGGGCUGAGCAGCAGCCGAGAGGGCACCGUCACCAACCCGGGCAGCCAGCAGAUCUUCUGGAACAUCGAGGGCGCCCUCCGCUGCUCCCAGAGGUUCGUGCCGGCCGCCAACCAGAGCGUCACACUCACGGUGAACUCGCUGGCGCGGCUGACGCAGGACCCGCACUGCCACACGCAAUGCGGGGACGGCGGCUGCCGCUGCGUCACCAACCUGCUGCCGCUGGCGCAGAUGGACCACCUGCUGCUGGCCACCGACGACGGGCAGUCGCUCGCCUGCCUCUGCGGCGACUUCCAGCAAGAGUGGCUACCCGUGAGCGUGCGGUCGUGGUCGCCGUUGCGGCUCGUCUACUCGGUGCCGCACUACAGUUGGAGCCGCAAGGGCUUCUCCUUUGGAGCUCUCUACUCCUUCGUCAACGACGGCGUCUGCGGCCGGGCCGUGCUCAACAGGCCUUCAGGUGAGAUACACUCGCGCAAUGUAUCGUCUCCGGGAGCAGGUCUCCGCCUUAACUUCUACUACCACCUGGAAUGCACGUGGAUGCUGGACUCAAAGGUUGAACGCCAGCUCCUCAUCGAGAUGGCCACAGACCAGAGCCGUCCGUGCGCGGCUUGGAACGUGAGCGUGCACUUGUACGACCCCACCAAGGACGGAGGCGUUGGGGAGGCACUGCACACGUUCUGCCCGAGGGACAGGACCAAGCAGUACUCGCUGCCCUGGAAGACGAACGCCGUGUUGCUCAGGUUGCGUGCCAUGACGAGGACGCCGCCCGAGUACUCGGUGCGCUGGCGGUCGCAGGCGGUGCGCGCCAACACGCGCGUCUCGCCGCCCACGCAGUCGCCGGCGGCCGCCGGGCCCACCCCCGCCGCCCGCGCCGGCCUCCCGCUGCUGGCCGCCGCCGCCGCCCUCCUGGGCCGGCGGAAGCCCUGAGGGCCGCAGGGCGCCACCUGAUACGGCCCUCCCAGACAGCUGCCGCCGGCAGCCACCCAGCGGCUGGCCGCGACGGCGGUCGUAGCUCGCAGCUGGCAUCGAUACCGCGCGGCCACUCGCCGACACUGGACAGCCGUUUCCCGUCGCAGACAGUGACCGUCCGUUCCUCGCUGCAGCCGCGCGCGACCGUUUGUAACCUCUGUCUCCUCCGACACACGCUGGUGUCCUUCCUCGGUGCCUUGCAGUUGUUCGGAUAGUGGUUUCGUAGUCUACGUCCUGUUGUACAUAAACUUCUACAAUGAACUUCAUCGCCACCAGGCGGCGUGUCAGAGCAUUUGAAUCCUCCUUACGAGAUGACGUUAAAAUAGGACUCAUUUUUGUACAUAAAUGGCACUCAAGUGUCCGGGAAUUUUUUUCCAGAACCCACUGUUGUACAUACAAAAAAUAUCACUGCUGCCCGACGCGAUUAAUUCACUAUCUUAUUUGAAAAAAUAGAUCACCUUCAAAUGUACAGGGUGUUCCAAUAGAGGGAGACAAUGUUUCCGGUGCUGAACCUUUUAAAAAAAGAAGCUCCCGUAGAUAUAAGCACUGUUUUCAAAUGUUCCAUAGUUUAACUAGGUAAAAUUUAUGAUUCUUUAUUUUCAGAGUAAGCCAUUAUUUGAUUGGCAAAUCCAUGGCGUGUUCUGUGCACCACGACCAAAUAGUGGAUAUAAUCGGAAGGAAAAUCAGCACUGGCCGUAUUUUGUUGUUUUAUUGCCAGCAAAAUCGAUUUUCGGUCACUUAGUGACCAUCCACAAUGCUGUAAUAUACAAUCAAAAUUGGUAGGCAAUGGUAUCAAGCGAUAACCACAAGCUUAGAGCGAUCACGUAACCUCAAUCUGAUCGCUCUAAGGAUGUGGUUAUCGCUUAGAGCGAUCACGUAACCUCAAUCUGAUGGCUCGAAGGAUGUGGUUAUCGCUUGAUACCAGUGCCUACCAAUUUUAAUUCCAUAUUACAGCACUGAGGAUGGUCACUAAGUGACCGAAAAUCGAUUUUGUUAACAAUAAAACAACAAAAUACGGCCAAUGCUGAUUUUCCUUCCAAGCCAUUAUCUGUUUUUCAGAUUACAAACGAUCAGCAAUUCAACAUAGUUUUCCAGUAUAUCACAAUCGUUAGAUCUAUCCACCACUCAUUCAUAUGUAUCUUUUUCACUGACAUCUUGUAGAACAGCUUUAAAAGUGGCCAGUGUACAAUCGUGGACAAAACGAGCGACUCCGUCGCCUUUUCGUUGUGCUGAUCCGCACAGCUUUAAAGUCUGCUACACAGCAUAACAGGCAAGGCGACGAAGUGCUACCAACAUACUAUGCAAGUUCGCUCAGCUGAUGUGCUGAGAUAGCUAGCACUGGAGAAACUCGCGCUUCGAAGACGCCACAGCAUCGUUUGCCCCCACUUCGCGGGAAACGAAAUACCUCGAGUGUAAGCCAAUGUGUUGUAUUCGCAUAUCUGUGAUUAUGACUUGACUCUGAAGUGUGGAUACGCCUGCUCAGAUUGCGAAUCUAAAUUCAUGAAUAAAGACAAGGGCAAAUGAAUUAGGCGUCCUUACUCAUCCGUAACAUCAAAUAUGAACUGCAGAGAAAAUCAUUCACCAGAAGUGAAUAAUAUUUUAGCAACACCAGAUGAUGUUAACAGCUUGCCGUCGCGGUUUAGCCGUGCGUUCAACAGCGUUAUAUCGCGGACCGCGCGGCUCCUUGCCCCGUCAGUUCGAAUCCUUCACCAGGCAUGACGUGUGUUAGGGUAGAUAGGUUGAAUUAGUUCUAGAUCUAGGGGACUGAUUACCUAAGCAGUUUGGUAGCCUUGUUGUUAGAGGCAUUUUUUGACUUUCGCGUAAAUUUUCUUUACAUAAACGCCCGUAUCUUUAGAUUGCGUUGACUUAGUUCACUUUGUUUACACCACCAGGGGACCGUAUACCGCAGGAAGUGCGAUACGUUUCCGCUUAUUAUGACCACCCAUACUCGAGGUAAACGGGUUUUAAGGGCUGGGUACACAGAUAGACGGUCAAGAAAGUGAGGGUUUCGCAGGAAUCGAAUGAAGGGUAGAGACACGGGUCGUAACACAUCUGAAAUGUAACAUCCACUGUUCAAAAUGCCGUCAAUGCGAACAAGAGGUGACCGAGACGUGUAACCAAUGGCAACCCACACCAUCACGCCAUUUUUACUGAUUUACGUGAUGAACUCCUAACAACGAAGACAGCUACCAGAGUUACUGAAGAUGAGGGUCGCAUAAUAAUUUCCCCUACUCUUUAUUCGAAAUGUUCCAGUAGCAGUCGAUAUAGCAGCAUAUUAAUCGUAGCUACGCUUUCGAUCCGAAUCACGUUUACGAGAAAGCAAACAAAAUCCACUUGCCUAUAUACGUGGUAAUUCAGAUCCUACUAUUAAUGCCACCGCGUUUUAGAUGUGCGAGCAUUACCAUUGCUAGCUAUCUUAAGGAAUACUUCGGCUAAUGAAGGUUUUCUGGUUGUGAAACUUCUAAUGGAGAAUUAGAAACAUUGUAGAAUACGUUUGGCAGCUACGUCGCAGUUUAUUUCCAGGGGUGGUGCAGAAAUAUCCUACUAAAUUUACUCGCUAAUACCAGUUUUUUGUUAUUUCGAUAAUCAUCCCGAAUGAUUGUCACAUAAGCGGUGACAUAAGGGUAGACAAUUCAUGUUUUUGAGCCCAGAAAGCUCUUUGCAACAGAAACUGCAGAUCAUUUUGCCAUUUCAUUGCGAAAUUGCCGGCUUAUUCGUGUCUGGGAUAAUAAUAGAGGGCUUUCUGCCUGGGUUGUCUGCUAGUGUAAUGAAAGGUGUUUGCUACUGCAAGGGAGGUCUGGUUCGUUUUCGGUUCUAAUCUCGAUGGAGGCUAAUAGACUAUCAGUAAGGGAAUUUUAAGAAAUUCUCACACCCCCAAUACGUUUUAUUGUUAUCUUUAUUCUGUACGGGCGCCCUGUGUAUGUCGAUAUGAAGCUCUAGUACAAUUUCAUACUUGUUACUGCCUACUUUUUCAGUUUCCGUCAAUAAUUGAAUUGACUCGAGUGUGACACUAAAUGAUUUUUAACUGAAUUUCGUUAUGAAUCUUCACGCAUUGCUCAAUUUGCACACUUUCAUAGUAGAUCAGCAACGGUAAUCCAGUAUGACUGGUCUGAACGUUGACACAGACCAUUUCGCGGCCGAAUGCGCAUAAUAUUUUGUUAAUUCGUAACGAUCUGGGGUACUUUGUCUUACUAAAACAGUUUCCUUAUCUCGAUAAGCUGAAAUUCAUUUUUAUUAGUACAGUUCAUACUAAUUAGCGUUUCUUCUUUCAUUUACAUCUCCUAUUUACGUUGUGGUUAACACUCUAAUCAGCAUUCAUAUAGUGUUACACAUGAUUGAAAACAGUCUGAAAAAUUUCUGAUAAUUUUUCAAUUUCACACCUGUGCAUAGUAUGUUGGUGGCACUUCGUCGCCUUGCCUGUCAUGCUGUGUAGCAGACGUUAAAACUGUGCGGGUCAUCAUAACUAAAAGGCGAGGGGUCUCGCUCGUUUUGUCCACGACUGUACAGGACGUGUCUCACUAACUCCUCUCACGUGAUCACACUCCUGCUUUUAACGAUCCUAUAGACAGAACUCAAAAAGUCUGGAGACCCUAGUGACGAGGUGAUAAAGGAUUCUUCUACUCUUAAUAUUUCUUCAUUACUUAUUUACUUUCCUUACUUGCCACAAGUUUCUGGAUCUUAGCCCCACUCCCAGGUAACACUCCUCACAUCAGCCAAGCCGUCAUCGACAAACAUUUUUAAUCCAUGAAUUCGGAAAAGUGUUGUCAUGUUUUUACUCCACACAUAUGAUACAAUGUGGUCUCUAACGUGGUACAAGCACUUUGCAACCAAGUGGUCAAAGGAAUUUCAUCAGGCUGUGAAACUAAACUAUUUUCCACAUAAUGCUAGUAGCUGUGACCUAUAAUUGUUGCUUUAAAUUAAUAAGUAAACAGCAGUGUACUCGUAUAUUCCACAGAUUGUAACUCGGAGACCUUUGGAAAUAGUGCAUAUGACUACAUGAACUCUUUAAAUUUGUAUUGUUGACUUUGUUCGCUCCUGAAAUAUUGACCUUUUUAUUGAAACACUAUGAUCGAGAGGAAACCCUAAUGUAACAGCUCAUUUUUUGUAAUCGCAACAUCACCAGAGACGGAUACACCGUGAGCGUCAAACUUAUAGCUAUUUGAACAGCUUUAGAUUUUUGCCUCACACCUCGCAAGCGCCUCACAUCAAAUUUCCUUCUCUCAUUUCGCUUUAGUUUCUGACAACGAUCGACUUCAUCUAUCACAUUUCACUGCACGCUGUUAAUUACACUGGAACAAAAUUGUGGGCAAUAAUUAGAGAAGUAAACGUGAGUCUGUAGAUAGCGUAAGUGUGCACUAGUGUAGGAGACGUAGAGAAACUCGUUUUACACGGAAAUAGGAAAUUUAUAAUCAAAUGUAUGCUCAGGGAGCGCCUAGAGGAAUCGACAGGGUGAUUGUACUGUGACGCUGAAGUGAUAAAGUGAGGGCAGUUUUUGAUAAGAAGUGUACAUAAAUGAACGUUGUUCACUUGUUGCAAUAAAACGACACAGUGUGGGCAAGUGCUGGAAAUGCAAGCGGAGCUUUUUUGCUGGAGCGGCGUACAUACUGUCAUAAGGAUUUUCUGCGUCAGUCAGUUUUAUAUCAGUUGAUAUAUUGAUAGACUAUCGGUGAAGAGAAUUUAUAUGAAUUAUAUUGAGACCUGAUACUGAAUGGUGCAUAACAGAAUUGUAAUAAUGUUGGAAAUAAAGACUUUGUUUCUCAUG